GCAGAUUAUGCAUUUUCGGUAUAGGUACAUAAAUGCGAGAAUUUGCGGGCAGAUCAGGAUGAUAUAAGAGCAUGUCUUGCAAGUAAUAGAAACCAACUGGGAAGCGAUAUCUAAAUUAUUUGAUUAAUUUAAGUUACAGUUUGUAUACUUACAAGACGUAAUAGUAAAAAGUAAAACGACAGUUAAAAGACUUCCAUAGUAGUAAUAAAAUAAUAAGAAGGCCAAGAGUACAGCUACGGAUACGGCAUAUAUGCUGCGUGACCUGGGCAAGGCAAUUGGCACGCCGCCGAAUUCUUGCGACAUUGGAUGUCCGUUUGCAGCUAGUGUGUUUUAGUAGCUACCGUGGGAAAAACUCAGAUUGCAGUGGGUGGAGAGUCAUCAAACAAAAGGACACUUUUUAGCGAGCACCCAACAACAUUUCGGUGUUUCUCGAUGUAAACACUAAAAAGUAGUAAUAUGUUAUAUACAUUGUUACAUGAUAUUAAAUGUUUUACACUCUUAUGAAAUUUGUUUGUUUCGGUAUUAUUAAAGUUUUGGUAAUAUUCUUCAACAAACUAGAAUUCAGGAUUACUUCUAUUUACAACAAAUUACAGCUGAUUUCGUUCCUUCACAUUGCUAUCGAUAUUUUCGAUUUAUGCAUUUACUUCGUAGAUUUAUUCUAAAUACUGUUUCACAUCACUAACACUUGUCUUUAUUAGGGCCUAACGGAUUACCAGCAAUGUAAAGUCAGUAGAAUUCUGAACAUGUAGUAAUCCUUCCGUCAUGUAUGACAUACAUAUUUCAUGCUAGUUGUUCAAUGAGUAAUACGGGCGGAUAACGAGGCGAUAAUGAAUUUCUCAUAAACGUUUAUUAGAAUAACAUAUUUAAUUAUAUUAAAUUUAUACAAUAAAUUAUUCCAAAAUUGAAUUGAAGGUAUUUCCCUAGCUUUGAUCCUGGCAAGUUACAUCCGAACUUAGCUCUUCCUUAUUUGUUUACAAAAUCUUUAACUAAAAUAUUUAAAAGUUAUAAAUUUCAUUUAAAAACCACUCGAGAAAUCUAAAUAUCGAAACUAUGGCAACUCUGUAUAAAACUGACAGGUUUCGGUGAUUGUUUAUUAGAAAAGUGCAUCUCCUUGAUAUAAAUUUGUUAAAGAAUAUACAUUUGGAGACAUAUAAUUGCAAUGGAUAAGACAGAAACAUUAGAUGCUUCAAACAGUUUAGCUGAUAAAAUUGCAACUAAAAAUGCCAGCACUAAUUCUCUGGAUACAGCUGAUUCAAAGUCUAGUUCAAUUGGUUCGAAGCAGGGAGUAGACGUAGGUGCGACCCGCGACACGCCCUUUGUUUAUCUCGAUGGCGAGGAAGACCAGGAUCAAAAAAAUGAUGUUACAUAUGUUUGUCCAUUUAGGGGUCCAGCAUUUGGUGCUUUAACAAUUACCAAUUAUCGCUUAUAUUUUCGUUCUUUACCAUUGCGGGACCAUGAUCCACCUGUUGUUGUUGACGUGCCAUUGGGUGUAAUAGCUCGAGUGGAAAAAAUUGGAGGUGCAACAUCUCGUGGUGAAAACUCAUAUGGAAUUGAAAUAUUCUGUAAGGAUAUGCGUAAUUUACGUUUUGCACAUAAACAACAAAAUCACUCACGACGUACCGUAUUUGAGAAGUUACAGUCCUAUGCUUUCCCACUGUCGUUUAGUGGUAGGCUGUUUGCGUUUGCUCAUGCUGCAGCAUCUGGACCAUCACCGCCACCAGCGGAAAAUGGUUGGGCUGUCUAUGAACCAUUAGCAGAAUUACGUCGUAUGGGUGUACCAAAUGAUAUGUGGCGCAUAACAAAAUUGAACGAAGCAUACAGUGUUUGCGAUAGUUAUCCAGUCGUUUGGGCUGUUCCUAAAGCAGCGUCUGAUGAAUUUUUGCGCCGUGUAGCUCAAUUUCGUUCACGUUGCCGUUUACCGGUACUAUCUUGGAUACAUCCACGCUCACAAGCAACAAUAACCCGAUGUUCACAACCACUGGUCGGGGUGGGUGGCAAGCGUAGCGCAGAUGACGAACUUUACCUUAGUUAUAUUAUGGAGGCAAACGUACAAUCAGAUAAAUUGGCAAUCAUAGAUGCACGUCCUAGUGCCAAUGCCAUAGCUAAUAAAGCUAAAGGUGGUGGCUAUGAGUCGGAGGAAGCAUAUAAGAAUGUGGAAAUCCAUUUUCUCGAUAUACACAACAUACAUGUGAUGCGUGAAAGUUUACGAAAAGUAAAAGAGGCGUGUUAUCCAACAAUAGACGAUUCUAAAUGGCUUUCAGCGAUUGAUGGCACAUUGUGGUUGAAGCACAUUAAAUGCAUAUUAGCUGGAGCAGUGCGUAUUGUUGACAAAGUAGAGACAAUGAGUACAUCGGUAGUCGUGCAUUGUUCCGAUGGUUGGGACAGAACUGCUCAGCUGACAGCACUAUCUAUGUUAUUGUUGGAUCCAUAUUAUCGCACUUUGCGCGGCUUUGAGGUAUUGAUUGAGAAAGAAUGGCUCUCUUUUGGCCACAAAUUUCAACAACGAAUAGGUCAUGGUGAUAACCGACAUUCGGAUGCGGAUCGUUCUCCGGUUUUCUUGCAAUUCAUUGAUUGUGUUUGGCAAGUUAGUCAACAAUUUCCAAACGCUUUUGAAUUCAAUGAACACUUUCUGAUAACUAUCAUAGAUCAUUUGUAUUCGUGCCGCUUUGGCACUUUCUUGUACAACACAGAAGCUGAGCGUGUUGCGGAAGAUAUUAAACACAAGACGGUUUCACUUUGGACAUAUAUUAAUGGCUCGCUGAAUCAGUAUUUAAAUCCGUUAGCUUUUUCGCACGGAGCUCAAACUGUACUGCGUCCAAUUGCGAGUAUGCGUUACGUAAAAUUAUGGAAAGGUCUCUAUUGUCGUUGGAAUCCAAGCAUACGACCACAAAAUCGUAUAUACCAUCGUACACGUGAAUUGCUCGCUUUACAGGAUCAGCUCAUUAAGCAAGUGAGCGAUUUACGUAUGAAAACAAAUUCACGUCAAACGGCGCAAACUUCGACGCGACUGGCUUCACCAAUGCAUUGAAGCAUCUUGAGCAUAAAACAUAUAUCAUCUAUUAUAAAAGUAUUUGUAUUAUAUCCAUGUAAUAGUUCCAUAUAUUUUUUACAGAAUUUUUAUGUACCUAGGUAUAUACAUAUACAUCAGACAUCCACGUGUAUGCAUAUGAAAUUUGAAUAUGAUAAGUGCGCUUUGUCACUUCUUUAAUUUUGUAUAAUCUUAAA